GUCACAUGAACGCCUCGGUGUCCGGCUGACAAAUCUGAAGUGACUGAGAAAGAUCUCUAACGGCGUGCUCGGUCUAAAGGACAGUCCUCUAUUUCCUGCGCUUCAGUGCGCAGAGCUGCAGCACCUGUUCGGACACCUGUGAGCAGGCUGACUUGCCUGUGUCUGUAUGGAUGGGAAUGGCAGCACCAGCUGCCUGUGGGAAUCACUCGCACACAACAUGGAAUCACAUCAUUCUUGUUAUUGCAAUGGUCCUGAUCUUUAGUGCUCCUUCAGUGUAUGCACAGUGUCGGAUCCUGCGAUGUAACUCAGAAUUUGUGGCUGCGACUCUAGAAAUGGGGGUCACUGGGGGGAGGGAGGGGAGUAAUGCCAGAUACUGCAGUGCCUUGCGAUCCUACGCCCUCUGUACACAGCGGACUGCCCGGGCGUGCCGCGGAGACCUGGCCUACCACUCUGCUGUGCAGGGCAUUGAGGACCUGCUCAUCCAACAUCGCUGCCCCAAAACUGGCCCAACAGCCCAGCCACGGCCCCUGCCCCAGGCCCCACUCUCAGAGGACGGAUGCGUCUAUGAGAAGGGCCGGGCCCCAGAUUAUCUGCACUGCGGGGUGUUUGGGGACCCUCACAUCCGCACCUUUAAUGAUGAGUUCCAAACAUGUGCUGUACAGGGAGCCUGGCCUCUCAUAGAUAACAAGUACAUGUACAUCCAAGCCACAAGUACGCCCACUAGAGGGAGCUCUUACUCCACUGUGCUCACAAAGAUCACGGUUAUCUUUAAAAACUCACGUGAGUGUGCAGAGCUCCAGAUAUACCAAGCAGAGCUGGACAAUGUUCCCCCAGCGUUUGUAGAUGGUUCUAUGACCAGCGGUGAUCGCAGAGGACACCAAAGCCUUCGCAUUCACUCUCAUGACCCUGGCAAAUACGUCGAGAUCAGGGCUACACACAUCGGGACGACACUGCUGGUGCGUCAGGUCGGCCCGUCGCUCAGUCUGUCAGUUCGCUCUCCUCGUGCGAUCGUGGAGUCCUACACACCCGAGCAGGACCUGCAGUUGUGUGUGUGGGGCUGUCCAGUGUCACAGCGUCUGGAGAUGCCACCUGCGCAUCUGUCCACCGCUGCGUACGCACACUGCUCCUCCCUGCUUCCUGUGCGAGAUGUGUAUUUCCAGUCCUGCCUGUUUGAUUUACAGGUCACUGGGAAUUUGAACUCUAGUGCUUCAGCUGUGGCUGCAUUGGAGGAUGCUCGUGCAAUGAUCUCUGACCCUGAAAGGGUUCACCUGCUGACAGCCAGGGCAGGUAACACCACUCCGACUCUGCCAGUGGUAUUGGCCAUGAGUGUCCUCACAGAGACACUUAGACGUGCUGUCUCAGUUCCAGUCUGAUGAUGGUAAAUUCUACAGUUUUCGAAAGCCUAAAGCAGGGCUUACUUGAUAUUUAAAAAUUAUAUUUAUACAGUUGUUCAGUGUUUACAUCCCAUUGCCCUGCUGCUAAAAUUGCUUAUACCAACUUAAUGUGGUUUUGUUGUCUUAGCUAGUUUAAGCUAAUUUAGCUGGUCUCACCGCCUUGACAAGCUGGUUUUGGUCUACCAGCCUAUCCAGCUGACAAGUGCCCCAAACCCCUCUAAAACCAGCAAAACAGACCAGCCUAAACCAGCCUGCUGAGGCUCGGGGACCAGCUGACCACCUUAUUUUUUCUUCUUCUUCUUUCUAGCAGGGCAGAGUUGCCAGAGUUUGGAAGUUUGUAUGUUUUAUGUGAACAAAGGCUGUCUGGAACUGCCUCGCAAAAAAAAAGAAAAUGCAUUUUUGUGUUUAAUUCAGUGUUACAUGCACAUAAAAUGAAUGAUUUGUGUAUAUAUGAAGAAAGAAAAUACUGCAAAUUUCAAUCGAAGACAUAGUUAAUGUUUUCAUUGUG